AUGGGUCUCGCUUCAGCAAAGGGGACGAAUGACCCCCCUGAGGUCCGCAACUGGAGAAUCCACUUCAUUGCUCUUGUAGCGUCUAUGGCUGCCUUGUCAAUGGGCUACGAUACGGCCGUCAUAGGGGGCACAAUGUCCCUCGACUCCUUCGUCCGCGACUUUGGCAUCGACAAGAUGACCACCCAAGAAAAGAACAACUCCCUAGCCAACAUCGCCUCCAUGUUCCAAGUCGGGGCCUUCUUCGGUGCUCUUCUCACAUUCCCCGUUGCCGAGAGGUACGGCCGUAAGAAGGCCAUCAUGAUGGCGGCCCUCAUCUUCUGCGUCGGCGGAGCCAUGAUGUCCGGAGCCAAUGGCGUCCUCAACCUCGUCAUCGCCGGCCGCGCCAUUGGCGGUCUCGGGAUCGGUAUGGCUACCAUGACGGUUCCAGUCUAUAUCGCUGAGACGUCGCCGCCGAGUAUCCGCGGACGCCUCGUGGGCAUCUUUGAGAUCUUCUCCCAGGGCGGCGGGAUGCUCGGAUUCUGGAUCAACUAUGGCACGAGCCGCACCAUCGACGUCGAAAACGAGGCGCAAUGGGUCGUGCCGCUGGCUUUACAACUCCUUCCAGCCUUUCUUCUGUUUGGUGGCAUCAUGUUCUGUCCCGAAUCACCCCGCUGGCUGGCCCGAGGCGAUAAAUUUGAGGCUGCGGAAAAGGUUCUGGUCUACGUGCGAGGACUUCCUGCCGAUCAUCCCUAUAUCCAAAACGAGAUGAGCGAAAUAAGGCAACAAGUUGAGGAGCGAAGUACCGUUCGACUCAGCAAGAAACAACAACUACAGAAGCUCCUUGCUCCUAGCACGAGAAAUCGUGUUGGCACUGGAACGUUUCUAAUGUUUCUCCAAAGUUUUACAGGCACAAAUGUAAUGACAUACUACAGCCCUCAAGUUUUCGAGACCCUAGGAAUCACCGGAACCAGCAACAAGCUCUUCAGCACUGGGAUCUAUGGCAUCGCAAAGAUGUUGGGUAUGAUUCUAUUUGCAGUAUGGGUCAUCGAGGGCCUCGGACGUCGCAGCGGACUUCUAUGGGGUGCUUUCGUUGGUAGUAUUCCCCUCUGGUACGUGGGCGGGUACGUUAUGGUCGCCAAUCCGACCGCCAAGGCGGCGGGAGGUGUCAUUCAGCAAGAUGCGUGGGGGUAUCUUGCCAUGGUCUGCAUUUACCUCAACGCCUUCAUCAUCUGUUCCACUAUCCAGGGUAUCACGUGGACAUACGCGUCCGAGAUCUUCCCAUUGGAUAUCAGGAUGCUCUGUGUUGCAAUGUCCACCGCGUGUACUUGGUUGGGCUCUUUCAUUGUCGCGAGAGCUACGCCUUUCAUGAUCACUGACCUUGGGUACGGCACGUUCUUCAUGUUUGGCGGGUUCUUGCUCUUCAUCGGGGUUUGGUCAUUCUUCUUUAUUCCUGAGACAAAAGGUCGCUCGCUCGAGGAUAUGGAUAUUCUGUUUUCGCGGCCGACACACGUGGUUGUUUGGGCACAGCUCAGAGGGAGGCCUAUUGUUUCGACAGAUCAUCCAAGGUCGCCCAGAGGAUCUAUGGACAAGGGCGAGGUCAAGGUGGUUGACAUUGCCUAG